GUGAAUGUGAUCUUGGAAGCUUUCGGUCAUGCUGAGACUCAGAUGAACUCCUCAGCAAGCCGCUUCAUCAAUCUGAUCUCACUGCAGUACUGUGAGAAGAGAAAGACUCUACUCCGAGGUCGUCUGUACACUUACAUGCUGGAGAAGUCGAGGGUCAUCUGCACUCCACCGCAUCAGCAGAACUUUAACAUCUUCUACCUGAUGGCCGAGGGGCUUUCUGCAGAGGAGAAGAGUAAUCUAUAUCUAAACAAUGUCCUAGCCCACAGGUGUAUGAACACAGCGGCUCCCGGUCAAACUCCUGCAGUAGCUACAGCGUCUCCUCAGAGCAGAGAGAAGCUCUUGGCCCUUAAACAGGCUCUGCGUGCCCUCGGCUUCAACAGACUG